AUGAUCACACCUACUGCACCCGGAACCAACCUCAAGCGUUCCUAUGAAGAGAAUGGCGUGGUCAACAUCGCUGGAGUUCUAGAACCUGCCGAGGUCGACGCGAUCCGCGAUGCAUUCAUGGCACAGGUCGAAGGGAACAGAACCAGCCUCGCCCACGACGAUCAUGUCCCGGACGACGACAUCCUAGCCCGCUAUCCCCGCUUCAUCCACCCGCAUCGUCACCCUGAGUUGGAGGUCGGGCGGUUGGCUCUCAAGUAUAUGCUGGACCGUCGCAUUCUCGACAAGGUCGAGGCAACGAUUGGCCCCGUCAAUGGUGCGCAAUCUAUGUUCUACUUCAAACCACCAAAUGCUCGCGGUCAGGCACUGCACCAGGACAAUCUAUUUCUGCAGUCACACCCCGAAACAUGUAUAGCAGUUUGGAUCGCAAUAGAUCCAGUCGACGAGGAUAACGGUGGGCUGCAGGUGGUGCUAGGGUCCCAUAAAUAUGAGCUAGUCUGCCCGGGUGACGCCGAUUCGGAAACUUCGUUCAGCCGUCAGGCAAUUCACCUGCCCAAUGGAAUGAUCGCCGAGCAGACUUUGAUGGCGCCUGGUGAUGCUCUAUUGUUCCAUGGCAGCAUGGUGCAUGGAUCAGGGCCGAAUCGAACCGCCGACCGGUUUCGUCGGUCGUUGAUCUUCCAUUAUGUGCCGCAGUCCAGUACCAAGAUAGCGAAAUUUUACCUGCCGUUAAUCAGCCGUACUGGGAAGGAGAUUUUCGUGUCCGAGUCUACUGAGGGCGGUGUCUGCGGCGAAGGCUUUGUACUCUCUGGUCCACAUUGA